GGAGUACUCAUUGAAUGCGACCCGUCCGUGAAAGCCAUCAUCCUUAAAUACGACGAAGAGCGCCACGACUACAUCGUCGAAGACCUCGAUGACGACCGUCACCUCGUGAUCAAGGAGAGUCAGCUCCAGAAUCUGAAAGCUCGCUUGGGGAGGGAACUCGAUGAGAAGGUCAUGCAGCCUGAAGAGUCGGAGUCGGAGUAA